AUGGAGAAGAGGGUUUUUCUUUUUGCAGUUACUUUGGUAACAAUUCUUCAGAAUUUGCAAUUUCCAGUGGCUAAUGCUCAAACAAAAGGAAGAAUGGUAACAGUUUUGAGUCUUGAUGGAGGUGGCAUUAGAGGAAUUAUUCCUGGCACUUUUCUUGCCUUCCUUGAAGCCAAACUACAGGAAUUAGAUGGACCUAAUGCAAGAAUUGCAGAUUAUUUUGAUGUAGUAGCAGGAACAAGCACUGGGGGUUUAAUUACUACUAUGCUCACAACUCCUGGUGAAGAUAAUCGUCCCUUAUAUGCUGCGAAAAACAUUACCAGCUUCUACUUGGAGCAUGGUCCCAAGAUCUUCCCUGAGAAAAGCCGGAACAACUUCUUUUCGACCAUCACAAAUGUAUUAGGUGGUCCAAAAUAUGACGGGGAGUACCUCAAGUCAUUGAUUCAAGAAUUAGUAGGCAAUCUCACUCUGAACGAGACUUUAACAAAUGUGGUGAUCCCAGCUUUUGAUAUCAAGCGCCUUCAACCAAUUAUUUUCACUACAAAAGGAGCAAAAGCAGAUGUUUCCAAGAAUGCUCAGCUAUCAGAUGUCUGUCUAGGCACGUCUGCAGCUCCAACUUUUUUCCCUCCACACUAUUUUGAAACUACCGAUGCACAAGGAAAAAUAAAAACUCAUGAUCUUGUUGAUGGAGGGGUUGCUGCAAAUAAUCCAACUCUGGUGGCCAUAACCCACAUUUCCAAAGAAAUUUUGUUGGGGAAUUUUGAACUGGUGGACAUGGAACCAAUGAACACAAGCAGGAUGCUGGUUCUGUCAUUAGGCUCCGGUAUGGCCAGGCUAGAAGAGAAGUACAACGUAAAGGACGCCACCGAUUGGGGCUUGCUUGGUUGGGUGUACAAUAAUGGUGCAACACCACUGUUGGACAUCUAUGGUGAUGCAAGCUCCGAUAUGGUCGAUAUUCAUGUUUCAACCCUUUUCCAAUCCCUUCGCAACGAAAAAAAUUAUCUUCGAAUUCAGGAGGACGCAUUGUCUGGGGAUGCAUCAUCUCUUGAUAUUGCUACCACAAAGAAUAUGCAAACACUUGUUCAAAUUGGAGAUAGUUUGUUGAAGAAGCCGAUUUCAAGGGUGAACUUAGAGACGGGCAGGCCCGAGCCAGUUCAAGGAGAGGGUACAAAUGAAGAAGCUCUUACUCGAUUUGCAAAGUUACUGUCUGAUGAAAGAAAGUUCCGGCAAGUCGACUAG